AUGAAGUUCUUCUACGUUGCCGCUCUCUUUGCUCCCGCUAUCCUGGCCGCUGCCGGGGACACGAGGAGCCUUCAGGAAAGGCAGAUUUCACACGAGGCAAUAGACCUCCUGAUCAGAGACUGGGUGUUACAGAUCAAGGAGAAUUGCCCUCAGAUUCCUAGGGAAUGCACGGACGGCCUUGACAAAUUUGUCGACGGUGUCGCGAAGGGUGUUCAGACCUUCAGCCUAAGUGACAUCGUAAACUCCCUUAGUGACUUCUUUAGCUCUCUGUCUGGGGCUGAGGGCUGUGUUUCCAAGCUCGUUGGGUGUCUCUAG